UCCGGCGUCACGUGACGGGGCAGGGUCCAAUGAGCGCAGGGUGCUGUCUCCUCUUCACACUGAGACGGUCAGCAGGAAAAGCGGAGAAUAAAAGCGAUCGGAGAGGCAGAAAUGGCCUACAACACCCUCUGAGGACCCCGGAGACGCCGGAACGAAGUGUUUUUCUGCCGAUUCGACCCGAGGAUUUACCGAGUCCGGCUCCGAGGUGUACCCACUGGAUCAGGCCAUGGCCCUCACACUCUGAGAACGGCGCUGUGUCCGUGGAGUGGGGGGAGUACGCGCACCGUGAAGACUGUUCACGGAGAGGAAAAUGGUGGAUUAUUGUCAGUGAGUGAUUAAACGGUUGAAACAUCUGGAUCUGCUGACGUCCUGUUCGUGUGUUGGUAGGUAAGCUCCCCCACCCCUUCCCUCCGCCUCAUCCCAACGACCUUCUGAUUUAUUUUAAAACAAAAGAAAAAAAUCCUGCACGACCCUCCGUCAAAACUCCACUGGGAACAAUAAAUCUGGGAUUACUGGGGGAGAAAAUGGAUUACAACAGCGGCGGCGGGGGACACAACGAGCUGCACAACAACCAGUUCUACCAGUGCGAGGAGAGCAAGCCCUUACUGGGGGAGAUGUCCGAGGGCAACAACAACACGAAGCUGGGCGCAGGGCCGUGCAGAAGGUCCCUGCACCACUGCAGCAGCAGCGGGAUGCGCUACAAGCUGCUGCACGAAGGGGACAUCCAGGUGUGCGUGGUCAAACACCCACGCACCUUCCUCAGCAAGCUGCUCACCUCCAAGUACCUGCGGAGGUGGGAGCCGCACCACCUGACGCUGACGGACAGCGGCCUCAGCUCGGCGACGCCCACCGGUUACAUGGAGACGACUUUGUCCUACAGCUCCAUAGAGGACCUGCAGCUCCUCUCCUGGGACAAUGCUCCCAAGUACUGCAUCCAGCUCAGCAUCCCUGGAGGCACCAUCCUGCUGCAGGCUGCCAACAGCUACCUGAGGGACCAGUGGUUUCACUCCCUGCAGUGGAAGAAAAAGAUCUACAAAUACCGUAAAGUCCUGAACAACCCGAGCCGCUGGGACGUGGUGCUGAAGGAGAUCCGAGCGCUGGUGGACAUGGCUCUGACCUCCCCGCUGCAGGACGAAUCCAUCCACCAGGCCCCGCUGCACAUCAUCUCCACCCUGCUGGCAGAGAACUCGAACCUGAGCGCUCAGGAUCACGAGAACAUCAUCGUGGCGAUCGCUCCGCUUUUGGAAAACAACCACCCGCCGCCCGACCUGUGCGAGUUCUUCUGUAAGCACUGUCGGGAGCGGCCGCGCUCCAUGGUUGUGAUCGAAGUUUUCACGCCUGUAGUCCAGAGAAUCCUCAAACACAACAUGGAUUUUGGGAAGUGCCCUCGGCUUCGCCUCUUCACUCAGGAGUACAUUCUGGCUCUGAACGAGCUGAACGGCGGGAUGGAGGUGGUUAAGAAGUUUAUCCACAGCAUGCACGGUCCGACGGGGCAGUGCCCUCACCCCCGUGUGCUGCCCAACCUGGUGGCCGUCUGCCUGGCGGCUAUUUACUCCUGCUACGAAGAGUUCAUCAACAGCAGAGACAACUCUCCCAGCCUGAAGGAGAUCAGGAACGGCUGCCAGCAGCAAAACGACCGCAAGCCGCCGAUGCCGCUGCGGCUGCUGCGACCAGAACCGCCGACGCCGCCUCCCUCCACCAUCCUGCCUCUCUCCAGCGCCCCCCAGCCGUCUCCACCCGCUAACCCGGCGACUCCGUCCAUCCCCAUCUCCUCCCUGACGCCCUGCCUGCCGCUCUCCCCUCCGCCCUCCAUCGUCAACUCCAGCGAGAUCCUGGUGGAGCUGGAGCGGAACAACAACACGGCCAACGCCAAGCGGAAGGGCGGGCCUGCAGGGGGCGACAGCGAGCCGAACCUCAUCGACUGUCUGCUGGUCAGCCCGGCUGUGAACACGCUGUCCAUCCAGCUGCCGGCGCAGGCCGACCGAGUGCUGGGCUGCUUCGCCCUCAUCCUCAAGAUGCUGUCGGACUACGAUGACUGGAGACCGGCUCUGGCCAGUCUGCUGCAGCCCAUCCCGUUCCCGAAAGAAGCUCUGGCUCAUGCCAAAUUCACAAAGGAGCUGAAAUACGUCAUCCAGAGGUUUGCAGAGGAUCCCAGGCAGGAGGUUCACUCUUGCCUGCUCAGCGUGCGCUCGGGCAAAGAUGGCUGGUUCCAGCUCUACAGCCCAGGGGGCGUGGCCUGUGAUGACGACGGCGAGCUGUUUGCUAGCAUGGUCCACAUCUUGAUGGGUUCCUGCUACAAAACAAAGAAGUUCCUCCUCUCUCUGGCUGAGAACAAGUUGGGUCCCUGCAUGCUGCUGGCCCUGCGAGGGAACCAGACCAUGGUCGAGAUUUUGUGUCUCAUGCUGGAGUACAACAUCAUUGAGAACAAAGACACGCAGCUGCAGAUCAUCUCCACUCUGCAGAGCACGCAGGUGGGCUUCCGCAUGUACGAGCAGCUCUGCGACCGUCAGCGGGAGCUGAAGGAGCUGCAAAGAAAAGGAGGUCCCACCCGGCUGACUCUGCCCUCCAAGUCCACGGAUGCAGAUCUGGCCCGCCUGCUGAGUUCAGGCUCCUUCGGGAACUUGGAGAACUUGAGCCUGGCCUUCACCAACGUCACCAGUGCCUGUGCGGAGCAGCUCAUCAAGCUUCCGUCACUCAAACAGCUCAACCUCUGGUCCACUCAGUUCGGGGAUGCAGGACUAAGGUUGUUAUCCGAGCAUCUGGCCUGCCUUCAGGUCCUGAACCUGUGUGAGACGCCGGUCACCGACGCCGGCCUGCUGGCUCUGAGCUCCAUGAAGAGCCUGUGCAGCCUGAACAUGAACAGCACCAAGCUCACAGCCGACACGUACGAAGACCUCAAGGCCAAACUGCCCAACCUGAAGGACGUUGAUGUCCGAUACACAGAGGCCUGGUGAUCCGCCACGGCCUCCUGCCCCAUCCAUGGUCACACACACACACACACACACCCCACCAUCAACUGCAUCGACCAGAACCUCAGCGCCUCUCCGCCAGCCAGGUAUGGAGGAGAUUUCUUCAGCUUCAACCACUUCAGGGUGCAGCCGUGAAGGAAAGGUCAACAUUUCUCCAUGGACGUUUCAUCCCUCCUCCCUUCUACCCUUUUUUAAGGAUCUGUUUUAGUCAGACUGCACAGGGACCACACCCAUUUCAUCCGUCCUUGGCCCUAAAUGGUCUCUAAGUUUUGAGGCUCCCUGUAAUGAACGCUGGAGACGUUCAGGUGUUGUGUCCGAAACCGUUUUCCCUCUAAGGUGAGUUCCUCCUACCAGUUCUGACCUGAUGUAGCGUCAAUAGCCUCACAUUGCAUUCAAAUACACCUCGUAUUCUAGAUAAUCGAGAUUAAAAUGAAUCUAGAAUCAGAUAAUCAAACUUUAAUAUCAUGAAAUACCACCAGACUUAAUCAGCACUUUCUAAAUAUUUAUCAUGUAUUUGUUUUAUUAAUAAUUCAGAAAAGAUGGAGACAGAAAUAAUUUUUUUUUAAUUUAGCUACAAAGAAAAAAAACCCCAUUACAUUACCAAUUUAAAAAAAGUAUUUUAAACGUUAUUUUCAAAAGGUACUUUAAAUCUUGAAGCCAUGACUCAAAUUUAUUGAAUGUGAUUAUAUUGGAAAGGGUCAGGCUUGAGUUUUAUGUUUUGUAUCCAGAAGUUUGGAUUAUCAUGUUGAAUUUAAUUUUAUUACAUUUAGCUAAUAAAAUUAUGUAUCUGUUGAUAUCUGACCAGAUCUGGAGGGACCCUGUCCCCUGAUAGCCCCCAUCUAGGACCACCCAUGGUCCAGAUGGUCUUCAGCCCCUGAAUAAUUCUGCGUCAGGCUCUUUUGUCCAGGUCACAAAAAUACAUAAUUUAGAAACUUGUCAUGUAAUUCUGGAUCAAGGUUAUGGGCCAAGCCGUGAAGAAAAGACAGCUUUUCUCUAGAUUAUUACACCACCAUGGGACAUUCAAGUCACUCCUAAAACAAAUUCUAAAGAAAUAAUACUAAAUUUAUUUAACAGAAAUUAAAGUAUUUUUUAAAUCUAUGAAUAUAAUAAUAAAUGUUAAACUGUUGCACUUUUAGCUUCAGUCGUAUUGAGAUAAAAUCACAGUAGGGCUGAGCGAUAUGGCCAAAAAUAAAAUCUGAUUUUUUUUACAUCAGUUCCAGUUUUUAAUAUUAAUAGAUCUUUGUCUCACUUUUUU